CAGGACCCUGAGAUCAUGACCUGAGCCGAAGGCAGACACUUAACGACUGAGCCACCCAGGCGCCCCAGAGAAGUGUCUUGAUCUGACUUAGAUUUUAAUAGGAUCCCUCCAGUUGCUGGUGGGGACUAGACUAUGGGGGUUGGGGAGGGAGGGACAUGAGGAUCUUCUGCUUUAGCAGAGAGACUACUGCCAUGGUCCGAGCAACAAGUGAUGUUCAGUUGGGUCAGGGUACUAGCAGAGGCAGGUGAGAAGGUGACAGAUUAUGGCUCUGUUUUGAAGGAAAGGCUAUGUCCUAGCUCCUUAGCUUGGUAGUCGAGGCUUCUCUCUGCCACUGGACACACUUAGGUUCUGGCCGUGCACACCAUUGUGGCGGACAGAAUAAUGGCCCCCUAAUGAGGUCCACAUCCAAAUCCCCUGCACCUGGGAAUAUGUGACUUUACUUGGCAAAGGGAACUUUGCAGUUGUGAUUAAGGAUUUUGAGGUGGGAAGAGGAUCCUAGAUUAUCUGGGGGGGGGCCCAAGGUAAUCACAAGGGUCCUUAUAAGAGGGAAGCAGGAGGGUCAGAGUCAGGAGCAGGAGAUUUGACAGUGGAAGCAGCUCUCAGAGUGAUGGGAGGAAGGGGCCACCGGCCAAGGAAUGCAGCCCCAGAAGGGGUCUGCUGACACCUUGAUUGUAGAUGCCUGACCUCCAAAAUUUUAAUGGAAUAAAUCUGUACUGUUCUGAGUCGCUAAGUCUGUGGUCACCUUGUUACAGCUGCCACAGGAGACCAGGACAGAUCCUCUGGGCUGUAUUAUUUUCACGCCUCUAGGCCUUUUCUCAAGCUGGUGCCACUGCCUAAGAUGCCCUUCGGAGUGGUGCCACCCUAUCUGGUAAUCACCAGCUGUCGGUUCCUCUUCAGAUGCAAAUGAAUUCAAGUAAAAAAUUGAGUUCCUCAGUUGCACCAGCUGCUAGUUCGAAGCUCAAUAGCCCGGUGUCGCUGGCGGCUACCAUACAGGGCAGUGCAGAUACAGAACCUUUCCAUCACUGCAGGACGUUUUACGAGACAGGGCUUCUCGAGGAUCUCACCGGCUCACAUCUUGAAGUCACAUAGUAGUGGCACCUAAAUGUAGGGUCAUCACUACAGGACCGCAUCUUCCAUAGAGUUUCUCCUUUAAGGCAUUCUGGACCUGAAAACCCAGGAUGGACUGGUGUCUGUCCCUGAGAUUACUGCAGGAGUUGUGAGGGGCCCUGGGUGUCACCAGCUUGAGCCAGGUUCCUGGGCACUUGCUCUGUCAUUGCCUGUGGUCGUCCUGGACUGUCAACGAGGAGGGAGAUUGUCUCUGAAGAGAGAGCGGUUCCUUAUUCCAGACACUGGCUUCUUACUGUGACUCGGAGAUAGCACUGAUAGCAUGCCUCCUCCCAGAACGAAGGAGGGCGGGGAUCCCCGAGGCCGACACUGGGAUCCCGGUGAGGAGGAGGCCCCCGAGAAAUGGGACUGGAAUUGUCCAGAGACACGUCGCCUCUUCGAGAAUGCCUUUUUCCGCGAUGAGGAUUAUAUACGCCAGGGUUCUGAGGAGUGCCAGAAGUUCUGGGCCUUCUUUGAACGCUUGCAGAGAUUCCAGAGUCUCAAGGCCACCAGCAAGCGGGAGAAAGACCCUGGGUGUCCCAAGCACAGCGUCCCAGCAUUGGCUGACCUGCCUCGCACUUACGACCCACGCUACCGCAUCAACCUCUCGGUCCUGGGCCCCGACACCCGGGGCUCCCGGGGGCUGGGCAGGCAGCCCCCAGAGAGAGUCGCCGAGUUCCGCCGAGCCCUGCUGCACUACCUGGACUUUGGCCAGAAGCAGGCGUUCGGGCGAUUGGCCAAACUGCAGCAGGAGCGGGCAGCACUUCCCAUCGCCCAAUACGGGAACCGCAUCCUGCAGACGCUGAAGGGGCACCAGGUGGUGGUGGUGGCCGGGGACACGGGCUGUGGCAAGUCCACUCAGGUGCCCCAGUACCUGCUGGCCGCCGGCUUCAGUCACGUGGCAUGCACCCAGCCCCGGCGGAUUGCCUGCAUCUCCCUGGCCAAGCGUGUCAGCUUCGAGAGCCUCAGUCAGUAUGGCUCCCAGGUUGGCUACCAGAUCCGCUUCGAGAGCACGCGGACAGCGGCCACCAAGAUCGUGUUCCUGACGGUGGGGCUGCUCCUGAGGCAGAUCCAGCGGGAGCCCAGCCUGCCCCAGUACCAGGUCCUGAUAGUGGACGAAGUCCACGAACGUCACCUCCACAACGAUUUCCUCCUGGGCGUCCUCCGGCGCCUGCUGCCCAAGCGGCCAGACCUCAAGGUCAUCCUCAUGUCGGCCACCAUCAACAUCUCGCUCUUCUCCAGCUACUUCGGCGGUGCCCCCGUGGUGCAGGUGCCCGGGAGGCUGUUCCCCAUCACGGUGGUGUACCAGCCGCAGGAGGCGGAGCCAGCAGCGUCCAAGUCCGAGAAGCUGGACCCUCGGCCUUUCCUCAGGGUGCUGGAGGCCAUUGACAGCAAGUACCCCCCCGAGGAGCGGGGUGACCUCCUCGUCUUCCUCAGUGGCAUGGCAGAGAUCAGCUCGGUCCUUGAGGCCGCCCAGACCUACGCCGGCCGCACCCAGCGCUGGGUGGUGCUGCCGCUGCACAGCACCCUCUCCGUGGCCGACCAGGACAAGGUAUUUGACGUGGCCCCCCCUGGAGUUCGGAAAUGCAUCCUCUCCACCAACAUCGCCGAGACCUCUGUCACCAUUGAUGGGAUCCGCUUUGUAGUCGAUUCUGGGAAGGUGAAGGAGAUGGGCUAUGACCCACAGGCCAAGCUGCACCGGCUGCAGGAGUUCUGGAUCAGUCAGGCCAGUGCCGAGCAGCGGAAGGGCCGGGCCGGCCGCACGGGCCCUGGGGUCUGCUUCCGCCUCUAUGCCGAAUCCGACUAUGAUGCCUUCGCCCCCUACCCCGUCCCGGAGAUUCGGAGGGUAGCGCUCGACGCGCUGGUGCUGCAGAUGAAGAGCAUGAACGUGGGGGACCCACGAACCUUCCCUUUCAUCGAGCCCCCGCCACCAGCCAGCCUGGAAACAGCCAUCCUCUACCUCCGGGACCAGGGGGCCCUGGACAGCUCCGAGGCCCUCACCCCCAUUGGGUCCCUACUGGCCCAGUUGCCGGUGGAUGUUGUGAUUGGGAAGAUGCUGAUCCUGGGCUCCAUGUUCCACCUGGCGGAGCCCGUGCUCACCAUCGCGGCUGCCCUCAGCGUCCAGUCGCCCUUCACCCGCAGUGCCCAGAGCCACCCGGAGUGUGCAGCGGCACGGCGUCCCCUGGAGAGUGACCAGGGGGACCCCUUCACGCUCUUCAACGUCUUCAACGCCUGGGUGCAGGUGAAAUCCGAACGGAGGAGAAACUCACGCAAGUGGUGCCGCCACCGGGGUAUAGAGGAGCACCGGCUGUACGAGAUGGCCAACCUGCGGCGCCAGUUCAAGGAGCUGUUGGAGGACCAUGGGCUGCUGGCCCGGGCGCAGGCCGCGACGUCAGGCGACAGCUACCAUCGGCUGCAGCAGCGCCGGGAACGCAGGGCGCUGUACCACCUGAAGCGGCAGCACGAGGCGGGCGGGGGGCGCCGGCGCAAGGUGCUGCGGCUGCAGGGGGGCCUGGACGGCGGCUCCAGCGACGAAGACCAGGGACCUGGCGAUGGCGUGGACAUCCAGGACGUGAAGUUUCAGCUGCGGCACAGCCUGGAUCAGCUGCAGGCGGCCACCAGCUCAGCCCAGGACCUGACGCAGGACCAGAUGGCCCUGCUCAAGCUGGUGCUGGGCCGGGGCCUCUACCCGCAGCUCGCCGUCCCGGAUCCGUUCAACAGCAGCCGCAAGGACUCGGACCAGAUUUUCCACACGCAGUCCCAGCAGGGCACCGUGCUGCACCCCACCUGCAUCUUUGCCAACAGCCCUGAGGUACUGCACACGCAGGAGCGGGAGGCCAGGGGCGGCGAAGCAAGCCGAGAUGACAAGGACAAGAUGAGCAGCAAGCACCAGCUCCUCACCUUCGUCUCCCUGCUGGAGACCAACAAACCCUACCUGGUGAACUGCGUCCGCAUCCCCGCUCUGCAGUCCCUCCUGCUCUUCAGCCGGUCCCUGGACACCAACGGGGACUGCUCGCGCCUGGUGGCUGACGGCUGGCUGGAGCUCCAGCUUGCGGAGAGUGAGUGCGCUGUCCGCCUUCUGGCAGCUUCCGUGCGGCUCCGGGCCCACUGGGAAAGCGCCCUGGACCGGCAGCUGGCCCGUCAGGCCCAGCGGCGGUGGCCAGAGAUGGGUCAGGAGGCGACGGCAGCUCCAGUGGACUGCAAGGAGGCAGCAGACCUGAGCAGGGACCUGCUACAGUUUGCAGCGUCCGAGGUUCCCUACCGCCUCCGGCGGCUCACAGGGCUGGAAGUCCAGAACCUAUAUGUGGGACCCCAGACCAUCACCACUGCCCCCAGUCUCCCCGGCCUCUUUGGCAGUUCUCCCCUCUCCCCCCACCCCACUAAAGGGGGCUACGCAGUCACUGACUUCCUCACCUACAACUGCCUCGCGAACGACACGGACCUGUACAGCGACUGUCUCCGCACCUUCUGGACCUGCCCCCACUGUGGCCUGCACCUGCCCCUGACCCCCUUGGAGCGCAUCGCCCACGAGAACACGUGCCCCGAGGCCCCGCAGGACGGCCCCCCAGGGGCUGAGGAAGCCACCCCUGAGCCCCUCCAGAAGGCGUCUGGCCUGCAGAGGCCUUACCACUGCGAGGCCUGCCAGAAGGACUUUCUGUUCACGCCCACGGAGGUGCUGCGGCACCGGAGGCAGCACCUGUGAGCCGGGCCGGGGAGCCCUGUGUGUCACCCCACCUGUCGCCCCCGCCUGUCAUCCCUGCCCAGCAUCAGGGCCGGGCCCAGGACUCCCGCCCGAACCUGCAGCCUGGGCCCAGCUCGGCAAGGAGGGAGUAUGAGUAUGUGAAUAAAGUCCCUUACGCGGAC